AUGUUCUUAGGGCAUCGAGCCGACAAAGAUGGAAUCAAGACGGGCCUCGAGAAAAUAAAAACGAUCACAGAGUAUCCGCAACCCUCAAACGUAGGUGAGUUGAGGGCAUUAUUAGGGAUGGCUUCUUAUUACACGAAGUUCAUAGCUGGUUUUGCCAAAUUGACAAAGGGUGUGUACGGGUUGCUAAGCCCAAAGGCUGCAUGGGAAUGGACACCUGAACUGAGUAAGCAGUUCGAAUGUUUGAAGGAAGCGCUAACCAUCCCACUAGUUCUUGCCCAACCCAAUGUUGCAGCAGCAGAAGAAGGCAGAAAACCCUUCAUAAUCUACACAGACGCGUCAGGGAGGGACUUGGAGCAGUGCUUCACCAGGAAGGACAAGACUGAUUUUUUCAUCCAGUAA